AUGGCCAGCCCAGUUUCGAGCAUUCCAAGGAAACUCUCAGCUGUACUGUGGGACAUUGAUGGCACUUUAGUGAACUCGACUGCCCUGGCAUGGACAAGCACCAACACCGUGCUCCAAGAGAAUGGCUUCAAGGUGGUCUCCGAAGACGAAUACAAGGAAGCCACACGGCUGACCACUCCAGCCAGGCUGGCGUUCCACGCCACCGGCGACCAAAACCAUGAGGUUGGCUUGAAGUUGGCCAAAGAGUUCGAUGAUCACUAUGUGGGACUCGUGUCCAAAGCGACCGUGCCGCUUGUCCCGGGACUGCAAGAAGUCUUGGAAACCUUGGAGAAAGAUGGCCUCAUACUGGGUGCUUUAAGCAACGCCUGCGGUGCAUAUGUCCGAGCUGUGCUGAAAGCACACAAUUGGUCAGAGAGCUUCAAGACACAGUUGGGAGCCGAUGAAGUCUCUGAGGCCAAGCCUGGGGCUGGAGGUUUGCUGAAGUGUUGCGAAGUUCUUCGGACCGACCCAAGUUCUACAUGUUAUGUAGGUGACUCACCAGGUGAUGGCAAAGCCGCCAGAGCUGCAGGCAUGUUUUGUGUCGGCGUGCGUUGGGGCGGCCAAGCAGAGGAAGGCCUGCGGUCGAACUUCGACGAAGUGGUUAGCACGGCAGACGAGCUGAUAGAAGAGGAGGAGUGGCGGCAGUCCUUAGCCGAAGCUCCGGCUUUAGACGCGAACCGAUUAAUGUCCCUUGCCACCGACCUUACGCUUGGUAUUCACAACUGGUUCAACAAGCCGGGUGUAGACAAAGCGGCUUUUGCUGGGACUCAAUUGUGGCCCAAGUUCGUUGAAGCCGGCAAUGAGACCUCCAGGCACGGACGCCUCAAGUUCCCAGACUUCCAAAAGUUCAUUUUGAAGAUCAUGCGACCUCCACCAUCCUCCAAUGAGCUCCUUGCGUUUUGGCGUGAGGUCGAUCGAGAUGGCACUGGCGAAGCAUCCGCAGAACAUUUUGACAGCGCGGUCUAUCGCUUGCAGGUAGACACUUGGCCUGACCUUGACGAAGAAGGCAUUUCGAGGGUGAUCCAGAUCCUAAAUCUGGCAGCGGAGAAGUGGCACCGUGCAGCUGGAAAUUGGUACAAGGUCUUCCUUGCCUGCGAUGAGGAUGGCUCUGGCAGCAUGACCUUUGAUGAGAUGCUGGGAGUCUUUCGCAAGGGCUUUCCUGGCCUCUCCAUUUCACCGCAAAAGUUGCCUGAGCAGGAGUUGCGAGGCUUUUGGCGCGCCCUCGACGCUCACCGCUCUGGACGCGUAGAGGUGUAUGACUUCAUGAUCUUCAUGCGGAAGUACGGCGCGCAGUACUCCAUGCACAAAACACCAAGAGGAAGAAGAAGUGAGGCGAUCCAGGACUAUGGGCAUCCAGCCGAAAGAACCGAUGACGAGCUGCGACAUACAGCUCAAGUGCUGGAUGACUCCCUUACUGCCUAUUGGAAUCGCUGCGGUGUGCAUGUUCGUUCCGGGGACAAGUGGCAGAGGUUUCUUGACGAGGCUGAUCUAAACAAGGAUGGACUGGUGACAUUUCACGAGCAAGGCUCUCAGAAAACCAAGUGGUGCUGUGGAUUCUGCGGAAGCCUUGCUCCUUGUGUUCAACCAAACAGCCAUGGCGACUAG